AUGGCAGCUGCAACAACGCGCAAUCCGAUCAUACAAACAACGACAUUGACUGUGUACAAUCUGCCACAAGCCGUCGACGAGCGAGGCGUGCGUUCAAUCUUCCCGUCGGCCCAGUACGUGCGCAUGAAUCGUCAAACGGACUCGAGUAGUUCCCAGAGCAUGUGCACGGUACACUUCGAUAGUCCCCAUGAAUGUCAGAAAGUGUACGCCGAAUGUCAAAAUGGUAAAACUGUUGGCGGUCGUAUGCUCCACGUCGAGCUUUGUUCAAACGACGAAAACGGUCAGUCAGGCUACUUCGCCCGUGAUAGCGGGAACCAACGUGAUCAGUCAGCAGGACGACGGGAGAUGUCCGGAAACCAACGGCCGUACAACGAUUCACAACGAGGUUACUCAAAUCCUCGUGGUGAAUACGGAUCACGUGGAGGAUUGGGCAGCUCAUGUGGUUUCGGAGGUGGCCGUGAUCAAAGUAAUCGAGGAACGCCUGGUCAUUUUCGAGACAACAAUCGCAGAGGAGGUGCACCUGGCGGUCCUGGCGGGGGAAGGAUGAAUGACUAUAACUACGGUCGUUUCGAUCGAGAUAACCGACAUGGCGGUGGAGCGAGCGGUGCACAAGGCAAUCGUCAUGCUGCGAGAGAUUCGCGUGAUGAAAGAAGAGAUCGGAGUCCGAACCGUAAUGAGCCCGUUCGAGGUUACGGCGGUGGCAAAGGUCCCCGAAUAACCUCAGCUGUUAUACGAGGCAACCACGAUCGCAGUUCAUCGUCUGAGUCAUCUGAUUCUGAUGAGUAG